GCUGAUAUGGAAGGAGAACCAGGAGAGACUAAGCGCAGGAGAAUAUGGGAGGACAAGCUUAAAGAGAUUUCAGGGGAUGAAGACAUGACGCUUGAUGGGCCAAAAAAUGGGGAGGCGGCGGGUCAGAUCUCCUAGACCAGCCGGUUUUGCAGUGGAUGGUUUUGAUUAAGAUUUCGAGUGUUGGAGUUUAUUUCUUUCUCUGUCUUAGGUUUUAUUUCCAUGGAUUGUCCGUUUUGUUUUGUUUUUAUUCUUUUGCUUAUUGUGAAACUCUUGCAUUAGGUUUGGAGGUUGAAAGGUCUGCGGUAGGCGUCGUUAGCUUUAAUUUGCCCAAAUUCGGUCUAGCGAGUUAUAUUGCUUUGUUUAAGGUGAUUAGCUCAGAGUCUCGGCCAUGGGCGGAUGGUUACAUGCGGCCCUUUCAUGUUCUUGUACUCCUGCUGAUUGCUAUUUUAAUGAUAUAAGCGCC